UCAGCUCAAUUGGUCCAGAAUCUAGAAACCCGACUGCGUCGAAUUCACUCUCCUACGCCAGUACGUCUUGGCGUAAGAUCCCAAACUUCAAUUGUGGCUUGACAGAGUUAAGAUGCUAUGUAUAUAAGCUUGAGGGGCUUAAGUGAAUAUUUGAGAAGUGUACAUAGUAGGAAAGAUCGAGCAAGCCGCCUGGCUGUUAUAUUAGAACGAGUAGUGGGAUUCACGUGAACCCACGUGACUGUUAUCAAAAAUCAUGCCUGGAGGACUGAAUCAUAAUGCACAGUUCGGCCAUUAUGGGCCCAUGCCUACAUAUUCAAGUCUUUCUAGCAAUUUUUUUCCCCGCUCAAAGGAGCCUAGAAAGUCCGAAGCAGCCAUGCUUUCAUCUCACCUCAAUGCAUUUGAUUGGCCCGUGCAGUCUCCCCCGCAAACCCUCCCUUUCAAUUCCUUUGGAUUCCGCGCCUUCAAAAUUCUCGGCCCAUACACCGUCAUUCCCUUCGUGCCAACUCUGAAAGUACCAUUUAUUAUCAACGCCAUGGAACAAACUCGGGCGUGCCGUUCGAAACUCACUCGUGGCAUACCAGACCCUCAUUCAAUCGUACUUCCGAGCCAUGAAUAUGUGGCGAGCGGUACUGCUGUAGAAAGAGAGGCUCCACGGAAUAACGAGACGUCUGGGCGUACCAAUGCAGAAUCACUACUCUCUACGAGUUCUAGAGCGCUCAUCGACAACGACCAAUCAAUGUUCGAGAACUUGGAAAUCCCUGAAUUAGAAAAUGUAGACUGGUUCAUGGAUAGCAACCCCUGGCCCGAGAUAUCUUCACAAUCUUGUGCAGCCGUUGAAACCCCAAUAUUGCCGCUUCCUCAAACUACAGCCACGGAGUCACGACCGUUUCUGCAGCAGGAACAAGCAACAUCGAUCAUCACACCUGCUUCCAACCCAUUUCUUCUCCACGCCAACCACCUCAGUUUACAGUCCUAUUCCUUUCUCUCUGCGACACUCGCCCUAGCUGCUUCCAUGAAUAUAUCCGACUCCGAGUAUCUCACCGAUGCACCGUCGCCCUUCUAUCAACCAACGCCAACGCCUCCCUCGCCGUCCGUAAAACCUUCAAACUCGUCUUCCCAUUCGGGUUCCCAAGCGUCCGUCCAAGUUUACCCCCCGAUCAGAUAUCAUGACUUGAAGGCCGAUCUCCGCCCCACGCAGCUCCAACUGGCGACACCACACGCCUCCUAUCUCGACCUUAUUAUCUUCCCCUUACUACGUUCCACGCUUCUAACCUACAUCACGCAGCCCACAGAUGCACCAUGCGCAGUGAAGUUCGACAUAAACGAACUAUUAGUCGACAUGAUGGAAGGCGGUCUACGAUGCUGGGGGAACGCGAAUCUCGCCAAAGGGGAGCCUAGGGGCGGAGCAGGCUGUCCAUGGGACAUGCGCAGCUGGGAAGCCAGCCGAGCCUUCUGCUCGAAAUGGUGGUUCUUGGUCGGUGGAGAGGAGGGCGAGGUGUGGAGGACUAGCUCGGAAUAUAGAAUGAGCGAGGAGACCUCGGAUAUGUAG